CUAACCGUGCCGCUGGAAUGUAGCUGUCUAACGCACCAUGACAACAUGCGUCUCCCUCAGGCCUGCCGCAGAGAAGCCUGUAGGCCGCGAUGAGCUGCUCAGCCUACUCCCAGUGGCUCCUGAUCCCCCACAUUGCUCCUUGGCUCUGAAUGUCCACUGCCUGGGCGCCAUGGAUUCUUUUGUCGUCGUGACAGAGUAUGACUCUACCACUAGGCCCGGAGAGGGGCAGCCGGAUGGUCUGGAGGAUGAGGAACCGAUGGAACCCUGCGAGGGACAGCCUGUGGCGUCCGAUCCUGGAGAAACGGACGAGAAGGGUCUCCUCAGAUGUGCUCUGGAGGCCCCCUUGAAGGAACCGCGAAGCAAACUGAACCUUUCGAGCCGGAAACUUUCUCUCCAGGAGAGGUCUCAGUCGGUCCAGUCUCCUGGCAGCAACGUGGGCGUAAACGGGCGCUACAUCUACCCUUCCCUCCCUUAUUCUCCAGUCACGUCUCCGCAUUCUUCACCUCGUCUGCCCCGGAGGCCGACGAUAGAAUCCCACAGAGUGUCUAUCACCGGUUUGCAGGACUGUGUGCAGUUAAAUCAAUAUACGCUGAAAGACGAAAUCGGAAAGGGCUCCUACGGGGUCGUGAAGCUGGCCUACAAUGAAGAUGAUAACACCUACUAUGCAAUGAAAGUGCUUUCCAAAAAGAAGCUGAUGAGACAAGCGGGGUUUCCUCGCCGUCCUCCCCCUCGCGGUGCCAAGGCCCCCCUGGAAGGCUUCUGCCAACCCAAAGGCCCCAUUGAACAGGUGUAUCAGGAGAUCGCCAUCUUGAAAAAACUCGACCACCCGAAUGUAGUCAAGCUGGUGGAGGUGCUAGACGACCCCAGCGAAGAUCAUCUGUACAUGGUAUUUGAACUUGUGAAAAAAGGGCCCGUGAUGGAAGUCCCAACCUUGAAACCUCUUACGGAAGACCAGGGACGCUUCUACUUCCAAGACUUGAUCAAAGGCAUUGAAUACUUGCAUUACCAAAAGAUAAUCCACCGGGAUAUCAAGCCUUCCAACCUCUUAGUUGGGGAAGACGGUCACGUCAAGAUUGCCGAUUUUGGUGUGAGCAACGAGUUCAAAGGGGCCGAUGCUCUGUUAACCAACACAGUGGGCACCCCGGCUUUCAUGGCUCCGGAAACCCUCUCGGAAACCAGGAAAAUAUUUUCUGGAAAGGCAUUAGAUGUUUGGGCUAUGGGAAUCACCCUCUACUGUUUCGUCUUUGGGCAGUGCCCCUUUAUGGAUGAGAGGAUUCUCAGCCUGCACAGCAAGAUCAAGAGCCAGAUGUUGGAGUUCCCGGACCAGCCAGAUAUUUCUGAUGAACUGAAGGAUCUGAUAACGCAGAUGCUGGACAAAAACCCCGAAUCCAGGAUCACAGUCCCAGAAAUUAAGGUGCACCCUUGGGUGACCAAGAAUGGAGUAGAGCCGUUGCCUACAGAAGACGAGAACUGCACGCUGGUGGAGGUGACAGAAGAAGAGGUGGAGAAUUCAGUGAAGCACAUCCCGAGCUUGGCCACAGUGAUCCUGGUGAAGUCGAUGAUCAGAAAAAGAUCUUUUGGGAACCCAUUUGAGGGGAGCAGAAAAGAUGAGAGAUCCUUGUCUGCACCGGGGAAUUUGUUGACAAAGCAAGGCAGCGAAGACAACCUGAAACUCAGCAGCGACUUGCCGGAUGUGGAUGAAGACGAAUUGCUUUCUUGAAGCGGACCCUUUGGUUUGGGAUGCGCCAACCGGUCCCGUCCCCCCCCACCCCCCGUCCACCGCUCCCUUUGCAACGCAUGCACACCUGUGAGGGGAGGACGCUCCAGAGCGCCGGCGGGACCAACCAGCGUUCUGCGAUGCAGAGAUUUUAAAUAACAAGCAUGCUGUAAAAACCUGACUGUCCGUUCAUCGGUAACUCUCUUCUCUGGAGGGGCCUCACAUGUCAGCCUGGAGAAAACCGCAAGCGGGCCUGGGCUGGGACUGGCCAUUUUACAGAUGGGAACAAUUAGAUGCUUUAUCAGUCUGGCUUUGCAAAAAGCAACUAAGUGAACCCCCCCCUUCCAAAAAAAGGGGGGGUUAGGGGCAAGAGUUUUAAAAGCCAAGUUUUCAGGCCAAAUGUUUCAGAGCCUACAAUUCCCGUUUUCAGCAAAAGUGGACAGAUCUACGCGUGACAUUCUGUGCCAAGUAGAGUGUCUGAAACUUGCCAGUAAUGUACAUCUUUUCUUGCUUUGGUGUUUUCCUCCCAUUUUUGUAUUUACACUUUUUAUUGCAUGAAAAAAAAACAGAACACACAAA